GCGUCUGGAAACGGGAGCUGAUACCGAGACCGACACCGAGACCGAGAGCGGAGAAUGGGCCCCAAGAGACCUAAGAGCGGCCAGUCCUCCACCGCAGGGCCGGCUACCCAACCCCGGAACUGGGAGUCCGGACUGAUCGACACCCCGCUGCAGGAGGAUUCUUGGAAGGUGAGCAUCUCUUUUGUGGUUGAGAGCCGGCAAGAAGAUGAGAUACAUACAAAGGCACUUACACAGGCCAUAUGUGUGCCGCAACGCAAGCUAUUCAGCGUGGUGUCCUGGGACAAGAUGGUGCAGCAGAUUAAUGAACUUGGGAACUCAAAGGUGAAAAAGCCGAAAGAUGCCCCCAUGUAUUGCGAGGUCACUGAAGCUGCAAAGGCCCUUGUGGACAGCGGAGAAAAGCUUCCUCUUCCUCUAAUUGCAAAGCUCCUGAAAUUUCAGUUCCUGUGCAUAAAGCAGAAGGACAUUCAGCGUAGAAGUGCAGAGAAGAAGCCGAAUGGAGAAAAGACGAAACAGAAGCCAGCGAAGGGGAAGCCAUCUAGUGCAAUGUCUGCUGGGAAAGGAAAGGGGAAAAAAGCAGUUGACGUCCCUCCUCCUGUCAAAAAGGACACCAGCCUACGGCGCCGCGGGGAGGAGGAUGGCAUCAAUAAAUACAUAGACGAUGAGCCAGAUGAUGGAGUCCAGCAUUACAUCAUUGUCCUGGGGUUCUAUCAGCCUCAGACUCUGGUUCUGUUGGCGGACCUCGGAGUUCACGUGUCCAGUGUGAUCAGAAUCUCUUCCGAGAACUAUGCAAGCUUGCCGGCUUCUCUGCUGGAUCCAGACUGGACUGCUGAAGUUAUUGAAAUGGAAAAUCUGCGAAAAAAGACAGUUGGCAAAUCCCUGGAAGUCUUUUGGAAAUAUUUGGAGCCCAUCCUGAAUAGUGAUAGGCCAGGAUCCAAACUCUCUGAGGUGGCAAGACUGCAAUGCUCAAUAAAGGAACAUGUCUGCCUUACUGACUCGAGUGAAGGUGAUCUGGAGCUGACACACUCUACGGAAGUGUUUGAAAGAGUCGCCUGUCUGAUGUAUGACUGCCUGGACUGGAGACGCCAACAUCAGCUCUACCUGAACAGCAUGAAGAUCAUCAAUAUCCCUCCGGUGACCAAGGAGAGGGUCCCCGAGACAAAGCCCGAUUCACCACAGCCUCAGGUGGCUGUCGCCCCUCCAUCCACUCCAAGGGGAAAGAAGAAGGCCGCGCUGGAACAAGUCCAUCCAACUGUCAUCCUGCCUCCUGCUGCUUCGCCAUGUGCAGAGACAGAGGUUCCCUCCCACCAUACAGAUGUGGAUAUGCGAUAUUAUAAUGACGUGCUACGUGACCUGCCGGAGGAGCUGGUGUCUGUCCCUGUAAUACUUCACUCUAUUUUAGAGCAGGUUGUUGCAACUGAGAAUAAUCUGGUUCCUCCAAGUGAGACGGAGCCUGAACCUCGAGCAGAUGGUCUGGAUCCCACCAUCGCUGGACAUCUGAUCUCUAUGUUGGAUUCUCUCUCUCUAUCAGAGAAAGAGAAGAAGAACCUGCACAAUACGUUCCUUUUUCAAGGUAAAGAGGAUACUGAAGCUAUGACCGAAGGGAUACAUCAAUUUAAUUACCAUGAUAAGAUGAGCCAGCGUAUAUAUCACAUAAAGGUCCCCCAUACCCUGAAUCCCAUUAAAGUCGAGCAAGAGAUGCUGCAAAAACUGCCUCUGACUGAGCUCCUACACUUUGCUCAGCCGUCCCCCGAGCAGGACUCCAGGAGACUAGCCCAGAUCCAUGAGCUGAUGUAUUACUGCACUUCGGAACAACUGAGCUGGGAAGAAGUGGAAAGGGCAUUUAAACUGUUCACAUUAGAGAGCUUGAAGCUCACCGGUUUCAAUGAUUUGGGCCACUUAGAAGGUACAGGGAAAGUACUGGGAGAAGAUUUGGUUAUUCCCUGGAAUAAUCCAGCGCGGUUUGCCCGGGAGAUGUUCAGACUCGCCAGCGUGAGGAAGAUGUACAAACAGAUGGAAGGUUCUGUGGACGGGCUAAGUGACAAGGGAAGAAUGGACCAAGAUGGUGUUACUACCAGCGAUAAUAAGGAUGAAGGGGAGAAGAAGAUUCUGCAAGCUGGUCUUGAAGAAAUCGUGAAGACACAGAGAAGGUCGCUCAGUGACUGGUGUUACUCUGAACAUUUUGCACCGUGGAUUCUCCUCCAGGCUUUGCAUGAUGCAUCUCACAUGUAUCAAUGCAUGGAUUCCUAUUACCACACACAAGACAACUCACUGCUGUUAAUCCUGCACAACCCCCUAAAUUUGUUUCGUCAGAGCCAGCAAUCCUGGGACAUCGCCCUCCACUCAAACAUCAGCUUCAGGAAUUACGUGGAACUGGUGGCAGAUUCUAUCGCAGAUUGGGUGCAGGAAGAGGAGGUAAAGUAUCAGGCAGAGAAGGAACGGAAAGAACUAGAAGCCCUGGAUUUGGCCAGGAAGAAAAGUGACGUUGCAUCCAGACAAGUUACUCCUAGCAGCAAAAAGGCCAAGAAAUCUGUCUCACCCAAAAAAUCCAGGAGUCCCAGAGGCAGUGACUCCCGUCUCAUGGCUGAAGAUGCCCCCCCUGUGCCAGAGACUGCCACAAACCCCUUUAUCCGGGAAGGAUCUCUGAAGGCCUGGAAGGAAGAACAAGAGAAAUUAAAGGAAGAAGAACGUCUCAAAGAAGAGAAGAAAAAUGCUAAAACCAGCAAGUCAGCUGAUAAGAAGAAAAAAGGGAGCAAGGAGAGGACUUCUUCCCAGGAAACUAAAGGAUCUCCCAAUGCUCGAAAGAGGAGCCCUAAAGAUAAACCGACUGAGGAAGAGCCCAAGGAGCCGAUCCAUGAAACACAGAGCUUCCCUGUGACUGCUCCUGAGAAGGUCUUUAAGUUUAUUGGCUACAACAUGGGAGAUGAUUUGAUCCAGGUCUCUGGGAGCAGUCGGUAUCUUUUCCCAACGGAUGGUGGACAAAUCCAUGUGGAAUAUAUACGGUUUGAGAAAGGUCAUUCCUUUGUGAAAUUAAAGUUACAGAAGGAUGGACAUAGCUUCUUUAUCCACAUCACCAACCCAAAGAAACCAAGUAGAGAUGAAGAGGAUGAGAAAUUCGAGUUGGAUCAGCAAGGAAAACCGAUCAUUAAAAAAAAAUAUGUCAGUGAAUUUGGUUCUUUCUCAGCUACUCUGGAGAGUGGGAUCCAGCUAUCUCUCAGUCACUAUGGAGCAUCUGGGAAAAGUCCAGAGGAUGAGGACCCGGAACUUGCAGCCAUGCUGACAUUUCCUUCUAUUCACACCCCUAGUAUCCUCCCAACUCCCCCACCCCAACCUCCAUCCACCCCUUCUGGAAAGUCACGCAAAUCCCCACGCCAGAAAUCUUCCAAAGGAUCCCGUGUAAAGACCCCCGUCUCUGCACCUGUGGAGGAGAGCCCAGCACCAGUAGAAGCCAAGCUGGAUCCAGCCCCACCUCCUGCGCCUCUUCUCCCCGAGCCACUUCCUGCUAAGCCAUCAUUCCAGGGACUGAAUGUCUGCUGCCCCAAUGGGCUCCUGGUGGGUUUCAUAAGGGACGACUCGGCAGGCGGGAAGAAGUUGGAGACGAAGCUUACUGCGCAUUCGGAGAACAGUCAAAAACUGCUGAUCCGACAAAGCUACCCCGUGAGAGUGAGGAAAAGCCAAAUGUACAAAGGGACUAGGAAUCAGGCAGUAAAGGAAGCUUCCCGUGUGGUCACAGCCUCGGGGAUCGUGGUGAAAUACAUGCUGGAUGGAUCUACCCAGGUUCUCUUUCCUGAUGGAACGGUUUGCCAGAGUCCAGACUCUGGUCCCAUUGUCCAGCCUUCUGGUCCCUCCUCAUUACCUCCUAAAGUUCUUGAUGCUCACCCAGCAACACCUCCAUCAGCCCGACAAGAUGAUCAAAAGCCAGAACCGGUACCUGAACAAGUGACCAAGAAAGGGAAAAGUGGUCACAAAACAAUGACCACCUCAGCAAGGCAAGAAAGUGUGGAGGCACCUGGCCUAGAGCCCCCAGCCCCGGUAAUUACUGUCCCCGAAAUAAAGCCUGGGACCUGGAUCACAACUACCCCUUCUGGCCAGAAAAUAGGAACCAGAGGAUCCGAGAGACUGGAACUGAGCCCUGUCUUGUCCUUUAAAUCCACUGACCCGGUGAACAGAACGGUUAUGACCACUAGGGAAGAUCAAGUGGUCACUGUCCAGGAAAAUGAUGGUACUUUUAUAGUGGAACAUGCUGAUGGAACCAGGAUAACCACCUUCUACCAAGACGUGGAGAUCCCACUUUCUGGAGACCACGAGGAAACUGGUGAAAUCCCUCAUACCAUUCCAAAGAGAACCAAGUUUGUGCGUGUGGAAAGUGAGGGCUUUGCCACCAUUAUUCUGAACUGCGAGUCAAACGUCUGCAAUGCUGUAUUCGGAGAUGGCACAGAAAUCUGUGCAAAACCACAAGGAACAUAUCAGGUCUACCCAUCAAUGUCAGGUUGUCUGAGUAUUAACCAGGACGGACGUGCGCUGUAUUCUCCAAGGACCAGUUCCUCCACACAGAACCAUUCCCAGCAAGAAGAUCCGAUCCCUGCAAGUUCCACGAGCCACACACAAGAUCCGAUCCCUGCAAGUUACACCAUGAGUCACACACAAGAUGUUAUUUGCGAGGCUUUGGAUCCGGAGGGCAAUCACUACCAGGUAAUGGCGAAUGGUAGCACAUCUGUGGUUCUCUGCAGCACUGAAACAGACGAGGGGGAGGACGAGUUGGAGAAAUCAGCCCUGACCACUUUUCCAAAUCGAUCGGAGGUCCACAAAGUGGAAGUAUAUGACUUACAUGCCCCCAGGUUUUUCAUUGUUCACCCUGAUGGCUCGGGCACUGAACUUCUUCGAAAACGGGAAGUGGAAGAUUAUUUGGCGUCCUGCUACAGUGAUUCUAAAACAGCAGUGAUAGAAGAGCCUGCCCAGGAGAGACCAGGAGUGCAGAGCAUUACCGUCCUAAAACCCUUCCCAGAUACCUCACAGUGGAUCCUGAAGAAGCAGUUAGCGAAUCUGUCUCCGCCAAAUCUUAUCUCCCGCACAUGGGAAGACUUUCCAGCCAGAGAGAGAAAGACUCCGGGGCCCCCACUUGGCAUUGGAUCUUAUGAAGGGCUCUGUUUUAGUUCCAGUAAGGUGGUCACACCUCCUCCACCUGUCCAGAAAUGCCCUAGAGCCCUCCAGAUCCGUCAGCUCCUUCUAUACCAAUCAAUCAGCAAGUCACUGCGAGAGAGACUGCAACUGUCACUCAAGGGCUAUGUCGACGAGAUCCUGAAGAAGGAGGAAUACUUGAAGGAGAUCAACAUAAAGGACCCCAGAACAGCAGACAAGAGAGAACAUGCUGCGGAUCUGCUCAAACUUGUACUGUCAUUCACAGACUUUGAGGAGUCAUCACAAGUCUUUAGUCUGGAACACAUUGAAGCAGACAUUGCCUGUCUUUACCAGAAAGCUAUUUCACCAAAUUCACCACCUCCUCCUCCAGUGGCCAAGUCUCAGAGGAGUGUGGAAGAUUGGGAGAAACAAAGCCAGGGUGGAGUGACCUGGGUAUCACUGUGGCCAGGCAGAUUAGAGCAGGACAGGCAGGAAAUCCUAUUUCACAAAGAGAGUCUCAUGGCUUUAAGGAACCGGGAUAUCCCACCCUAUUUCCAGUCUGAAUUCGGGGUUGCCUUUCUCCAAACACAGGUUCCAGAUACAGAACAUCUCUCUAAACAGCUGCCACCAUUCAUAAGGGAAAAGAAAAAGACAGAAGAACCAUUGGCUGAACCGGACAAGAAUCCUGGAGCAGGAAGUGAGGAGGAUAAUGAUUCAAGACAAACCAAAUCUAGAGACACUGUUACUCCACAUUGCAUGGCAGACUGCGGGACAGACAUGGCACCCGAUAACAAAAUUACUCUAUACCCAGUCCAAGACGAGGCUGAAACAGAAGUCAGUUGGCCGGAGAUGAUUCCACCAAAAUAUUAUCAGCCUCUGGCCCGUAGUCUGAAUAUAGACGUAACAGGGCAACCCAGGAGAGAGAAAGUAAGAUUGCCAAAAUCAAUCCUUAUCUCCAAACCAGCAUCGGUUCCCAACAGAAAGUUUGUAGCGGCUGAAGAUCCAGUACGGUGCAAUACAAACAUGUCUAUGUCACCCCCAAGAAGCAGGGGUACGAAGCGAAUCCCAAGAGGCUUUCAUCUUUUCCCCUCAGCAGUCCAGUUUGGCAUUGUGCGAGAGGGCUACACUUACUCCAUGUCGGUCACAUUGAAGAACAUCGGUGUAGAAUUCUGCAGGUUCCAUGUGAAGCCCCCUCCUCCAAGCAGUGGCCUGAGAGUAUCAUACACCCCCGGCCCGGUGGCAGCAGGAAUGGAGACCAGACUGGACAUUGAGUUGUUUGCGAUGGCUGUUGGCCUGGAAGGACCCGAGGGGGAGGCUGAGUGGUCUCACUGUAUCGAGGUCCAAACGGAGGUGGAGACCCUGUUUCUGCCAGUUACUGCAACAGUCUUAACAGGUAACCUGUAUGAUAACAGAACAGGGACCGGAUCAGACAAUGAAAGGGGGCCAGGGAUACGACUGCUUAGCACCUCCCCCAGCUCCAGGCUGGAACUCCUGAGAGCCAGGAAGAUGCCAGAGACAGGUAGGUGUCCCACUGAUUUUAUGGAGGGUGUGUCCAACAGGUGUCUGGUGUGAGUGACUAGUGAAAGAAGGGAAGGUGAACUGGCACAGCCGGAGACCUCUAGCUCCACAACAGGCACUGCCUCAUCAUUCCCUAAACAACUACUUAGAAUCUGAGGCCUGGUUUUGGUGACUGAAAAGAAACUGAAGUUUAAUUGUGAACAAUUCAAUCAUAAUUUCAAGUUUUGUCCGUAUUGAAUGUAAUAAAAUGUGACUUAGGAGCAUGCUGCAGGGCCGGAACGAGGAUUUCCCCAGUACUGCAGCUAAUUGAUGUACUAUUUGGGGUGGGGCAGGAAGA